CAGCGAUCAGACGGCAGUGGAACUGCCAAGUGUUCGGUUGGGUCUUCUAGGUUUCCGAGCUUCUGGAAUUGGUGCAACAUGACUGGACGGGUUAUCACUUUUAGUGUAGUGGCUCUGCUGGCGAUCGUCGCCAGCUUGGGUUCUGUCAACGCUCGCAAGGGUUAUGGCUCUGGUGAGCAGGAUUGGGGUUUUGUGGAUGUGAGAACUGGUGCCCAUAUGUUCUACUGGCUCUACUACACCACUGCCAAUGUCACUAGCUACACGGAGCGUCCUCUGGCCAUUUGGCUUCAAGGAGGACCAGGUGCCUCCUCCACGGGUUACGGCAACUUUGAGGAGCUGGGACCUCUUAAGCUGGAUGGAAGCUAUCGGGACUGGACCUGGGUGAAGGACAUGAACGUCAUGUUCAUUGACAAUCCCGUGGGCAGUGGCUUCAGCUACGUAGAUGGAUCUUCCUAUUACACAACGAACAACAAGCAGAUCGCUUUGGAUCUGGUGGAGCUGAUGAAGGGUUUCUAUACGAACCAUCCGGAAUUCAAGACCGUGCCGCUGCACAUUUUCUGCGAGAGCUACGGCGGAAAGAUGGCUCCGGAGUUUGCCCUGGAGCUGUACUAUGCCAUCCAGCGUGGAGAGAUCGAGAGCAACUUUGUUUCCGUGGCAUUGGGAGAUCCUUGGACCUCGCCCAUUGACUCGGUGCUCUCCUGGGCUCCGUUCCUUCUGCAAUUGGGAAUUGUGGAUCAGGAUGGCCAUGACAAGAUCGAAGCUUCGGCUCUAAAGACCAAGGACUAUGUCGAUCGCGAGAAGUGGACGACGGCUACGCUGCAGUGGAGCUCCACGCAGUCGGUGGUGCUGCGCGAGUCGAAGGGUGUGGAUUUCUAUAAUGUGGAGACUCCGACGCUGGGCGAUACCUCCAAGCUGAUGGCUAGGGCGGCCAUGACUCCUGAACAGAUCAUGUACCGUACGCUGGUUAAGUUUGACGUGGACGAAGAUAGAGACCAGCUGCUGGAGGAUCUGAUGCUGGGACCCGUCACUGAGGCUCUUGGAAUCAAUACCGGAGUGAAGUGGGGAGGCCAGAGCGGCACCACGUUCACCAAGCUGAUGGGUGAUUUCAUGAAGCCCGCUGUGGAUAUCGUGGGCGAGCUGCUGAACAACACCACCGUAAAGGUCGGCGUUUUCUCCGGUGGCCUUGACCUGAUCUGCGCCACUCCUGGAGCCGUAAACUGGAUCGCCGACAUGGAAUGGAACGACAAGGCUUCAUAUCUGGCCGCUUCCCGUGUGGGAAUCACCGUGGAUCGCGUCUUGGAGGGAUACGAGAAGACCGCUGGAAACUUUAGCAUGUUCUGGGUGAAUCGCGCUGGACACAUGGUGCCAGCCGAUAAUCCGGCGGCCAUGUCCCACAUCCUGCGUGAAUUCACCAACUUUGGUUGAUUGGGGCGCCAUAUUCUGUGGGAAAAGCAAUAAAGAUUAUUUAAAAAGGA